ACUUUAGUAGGCUAGCUAGCAGGUCUUUUGUCGACAUCUUGUGGCAGCAUUAAUUGCCAAACGAUAGAUAGUCCCUCUUCUUUGUUAAACACUUGACUCUUUUAGGGUGAAACACAACUCGAAUUGUAUUAAUCUUAGCUCUUUGACUUUCAUAAAAUAUUUUAUAUAUAGGCCUACCGUAACAUACUUAGCCUACUUUCUUUGAUCUGGUAAAUAUCUGGGGAGUGGAGUGGCAUGACUGCUGCUGCUGCCAGUGCAGAAGAGGCGCAGGAUUAUUACGUCUUCAAACGGAAGCAAAGGAGAUUUCCAGAAAAGACUUGUGGAGCCCAGAAACGUCGGUUGUAGUUUCUCGCAUUGGCGUGGCUUCUUAGUUUCCUUUCCAUAGCCUUACACAACGAUUACAAAGGACAUAGUGUAUUUUACCAUUUGUACCGUGCUUUCCGAGUUUGAAGCGUCUGGGCUCGUUGUAGCACGCAUAACUGCAAGUUAAGACCAUCAGUAUGACGACCAUUGACUACAGCGUGUGGGACCAUAUCGAGGUGUCAGACGAUGAAGACGACACACACCCUAACAUCGAUACGCCUAGUCUUUUCAGAUGGCGACAUCAGGCGCGUGUGGAGCGGAUGGAGGCCUUUCAGAAGAAGGGCGAGGAGCUGGAGAAGGUGCUGACCGACAGCAAGAAGAAGCUAGCGGACGCCCAGAAAAAGGUGCGUGAUCUGGAAGGCGCAGCCACAGACGAGGCAAAGGCGGAGCUGGUGAAGGCGCAGGCGGAGGAGAAGCAGGUGCGGAGGGAGGAGCGCGCCGCCGAGAAGAAGCUGGACGAGUACCACCGCGAGGAGAAGAAGCAGCCCUGGAACGUGGACACGCUCUGCAAGGAGGGCUUCAGCAAGAGUGUGCUGAACAUCAAGCCCGAGAACCAGGAGGAGACGGAAGACGAGAAGGAGGAGAAGCAUAAGACCUUCGUGGAGAAACACGAGAAAGAGAUCAAACACUUUGGUAUGAUGCGGCGCUGGGACGACAGCCAGAAGUACCUGUCGGAUAACCCCCACCUGGUGUGCGAGGAGACGGCCAACUACCUGGUGAUCAUGUGCAUCGACCUGGAGGUGGAGGAGAAACACGCGCUGAUGGAGCAGGUGGCCCACCAGACCAUUGUCAUGCAGUUCAUUCUGGAGCUGGCCAAGAGCCUCAAGGUCGACCCCCGCGGCUGCUUCCGCCAGUUCUUCACCAAGAUCAAGACUGCAGACCAGCAGUACCAGGAUGCCUUCAACGAUGAGCUGGAGUCGUUUAAGGAGCGUGUGCGCGGCCGGGCGAAGAUCCGCAUCGAGAAGGCCAUGAAGGAGUACGAGGAGGAGGAGCGCCAGAAGAGGCUCGGCCCCGGGGGUCUGGACCCUGUGGAGGUCUACGAGUCCCUGCCCGAGGGGAUGCAGAAGUGCUUUGACGAGAAGGACAUCUCGUUGUUACAGGAUGCUAUCAGCAAAAUGGACCCUACGGAGGCCAAGUACCACAUGAAGCGCUGCAUCGACUCAGGGCUCUGGGUUCCCAACUCACGGACGGACGGCGACGACGAUGACAAGGAGGACGAUAAAGACGACGAGCCAAAGUAUGAAGAAGUGAAGAGAGAAACAGCGGAAGAAGAAAAAGAAGAGAAAUGACUUUGAGAUCCAAAACUCCCCAACACACCCCGCCCUCCCCUUUCCCCCUCUCCAUCCUGUCAUGAACCUGUUUCUAGCCCUCUCCCAGCCCAAACCAAAACUACAUUUCCCAGGGUGCUCUCUUUCUUCCCCCACACUUCCUCAUCCUGCAUUAAAACAACUGGUCAUGGUUUCCAAAUGUUCUUGGUGCAAUUGGAGGACAGAUACCAUAGACAGCUUUUCAUAACUGAGCUAGUGAAAUGCUUAAAUGGAAACCGGUGUGUUUGAAAUGGUGUGGUGGUUAUUAACCAAAUCAUUAGCUUCUGCUAACCACGGCUUAAGUGUUGCCAGCCUUAAGCUGAUUCACACUUGCUGGACUUCACAAUUGUCUAGUCUUACUACGGCUUUCAACUCUGCUCAGUGCAACGCAGUAGCGCAGACAAUAACACAUCAGGUAAUACUCCUGUUAAUGAACUGGUGGAUAAAGAAAGAAGUAUUUUUUUUUUUAAAGUAGAUCCUCCUGAGGCAUCCUCCUGGGUGAGAGCCAGAACCUUCUCCCCCGGUGUGGUUACGGCUGGCGGCGCUGAUCCACAGUCUGGUUUUGGUGGUGCUGCUCACACCUGAGCUUCACCUGAGUGGGACCAGGCUCUGGUGUGGGCCAGACCCUAUGGUAACAUGCUGCGUGACUGCUGUGCUGCUGGGACUCAUGGAGUGCUGUGGGUUUUUUUUUUCCACUAUGGCUAAAGCAGGAUGAGUAAAUGUGAUUAUCAGCUUUUGGAGAUGUGCUCUCUCUCUCUCUUUCUCUGUCUUUCUCUCUCUCUCUUUCUCUCCAUCCCUUCUAUUUGACCCAUAAUCCUGUUUGUCCUGCAUGGCUGAAGCCACCCCCCACCCCCCACACACACACACACACACACACACACACACACGCGCACACACACAUACAUACUCUCCAAACCCUUCAGUUAACUCCACUGUCUACCCUUUUCUUAGAUGCGCAAUGCCAUUUUAAGUUUAUCCGUUUUGUUUUGUGUUUUUGUUUUAGUUUUAAUUUUUUUUUUUUUUUGUAUUACUCACUAUAUGAUUGUCACUGUUGGUUAGACAGAAACUAGGCUAAGUUCCAAGGGGUACCUCUGGGCAAUGAUGGCAAGGCACAGGUGAAGGGUGACUGACCUGUCCAACAUAGCGGUCGUGUUGGGGCCAUAAAGUGACCGAGGUGACCGAGUAAGCAACGCUGGUGCGAAUGUGGAGCCCUCGCUCUCCCCCUACCACUCCCCUCUGUCAUCAUCAUCAUCAUUGAGAGUCACACUCGGUCACGUCUUUUCACCGAUGACUUUUUUUUUUUUUCAGACCCCUCAUGACUGACACCCGCCGCCCCUUCGUCACUCAUUUUAGCACACACACACCCCACCCCCGACCCCUGUCCCCGACCCCCACAUCAACGUUCAACCCCUACUCUUUUUACUAGGACUCGUGUGUUUGUGUCUCUUAGUAAAGGUUCUGCUGUAUAAAAUGAA